AUGGACUUAGAAAGCGGGUACUGGCAAAUACCCAUGAAGAAAGAGGAAAAAGAAAAGACAGCCUUCACCACCGCAGAUGGAUCCUGCCGUUUCCUCGUCAUGCCGUUCGAUCUCUGCACAGCCCAAAGCAUAUUCCAGCGGACCAUGAACACGGUACUAGGAGGGCUGCGAUGGACCUCGUGCCUCGUAUACCUUGACGACAUCAUCGUAUACGCAGGAGACACAAAAGAACACAUUCGACGACUCCGACUAGUCCUUGCCGCACUACGCAAAGCAAAUCUGAAACUCAAACUCGUGAAAUGUCGUUUCGGGGAAUCAGCAAUCAUAGCACUGGGUCACAAGAUUAAUGCCGACGGAAUCAGCCCUGACCCCGGGAAAGUGAGAGCCGUGCAAAACUUUCCCACACCACCAACCAUAGCAAGCCGAGCGGAAAAAGUCAAUGAGCAGAACUACUCCAUAACAGAAAAAGAAUGCCUGGCUCUCAUUUGUGUUAUCAAGCGAUCCCCAACACCUGCAACACAGGCAGGAGACACGUGGAAAUCGUACCAAGAAGCCGCGGUGACAGCAGCAGCUAUCGAAAACGGCAUCAGACUCUUCAUCCACAUUCCCAUCUUCGAAUUCACCAGAGCACUCACCCUGUACAGAGUCAUCGGGAUGGCACGAGCAACGAAAAAUGGAUCAACAAGCCUAAAGUACGUCGGUCUCCCACAAUAUCUCGCAAAAUCACCGGACCAACAAACUUUCAUUGAGCUUUCAGCUGAAAUGGUUGGACCGUGUUGCCCGACGAAAAAAUCAAUCUGCCCUAUCAGCCGAGUAGUAAGCCAAAAAAACAACAAGGGGACAUGCAGCAUCGCGAUAUUCCUAGCCGACAACCAACGGAUACAAGAUGACUGCACCGUAGUAGUGUCCCCGUGGACGGGGCAAGAUGCCGUUUACCUCGGACACCGCCGUAUGGGCCUGUCAGCAGUCAACACGACCCGCCUGGUCGUAACAUGUCCACGACAGACCACAAGACCGCAGUCAUAUACACUUGACACUCCAGCGAUAUCCAUCUUCGAGAUACCCAUGUCCUGUACAGCACAAUCAGACGACUGGAUCUUCCAGGCCAGUUUCAGAAAGGAUACCCACCAAAAAUGGAUUACAAGGACCACCCCACACCUCGCCGACCUAAAAGCACCUGGACGACCACCACAACGGCCACUGAUCACCGCAAAAGACGAUAUAGUGACGCAGCAGACCGGAUUGCACACGGGCUCCCCCAACAACCGUCUGCGAGAUUUGAAAACCGGCAUGGUGCACCAAAUGGAUGGGCUGUCCGACCUAGAACACGCCAGACUCAACAUAGACGACACGCAGAAUUAUCUCCGCUACCCGUGGGAGUGGAUCGCCAUCCUGAUAUUAUGCAUGCUAGUGUAACGAAACGCCAAGCGAAGCCCCUUCUUGCCCUUUUUAAAUUUUGCUUAAUUAGACUAAGACCUUAUUUCUUAAACU